UGUGUUUUGGGGAACCAAGUACUUUGACCUGUACUCGGUUAGUGAAUUAUAUUCGAUCAAAAUUUGUCUUUGUAAUUAACUACUUUUAAAGUUGCAUAAUCAGAAUUAGUGAAUACAUUGACAUAGUUUCUUUAUUUUAACAUUAUUGAGAUGUUCAUAUCUUUUCCUAUGAUGACAAUAGUACAACAGUUUUUCAACAUAUUACCUCUUUAUUUUAAUUUUGAUUACUUGUUAAUCUUAGAAAUAGAUACAUUUCCUGUUGCAUACAAAAUGUUAUAACAAUAAAAGUUGUUUUAGUUCCUAUAUGUUGUCGUGUGAUAUUAAGAACUAAUUAAUCUCAUCAUGUCUUACAGUAAUCGUACACCAUUCCAUUUUUCUUAUUCUCACUCAUAAAAAAUUCACUUUUCCUCUUUGAAUACUAUUUUUAAUCUAUGGCGAAUAUGAAAAAUCCAAUUGAAAAACAGUAUACUGCACUAAAUUAUGCAGCUAAAUAUGGAGAUUGUGCUGCUAUCCGAUUGUUACUUGGAAAUUACCAUGUUCAAGUUGAUGCUCAGUCAUGUGGUAUGACUCCUUUACAUUUGGCCGCUGCCAACGGGAAUGAAGAUGUUAUAUUCUUAUUAACUUCCGUGUACAAAGCUAGAACUGAUAUACGAGAUUUUUGUGGACGGUUACCAAGCGCUUAUCUGCCUAAAGAAAAGGAGGCAUUAGCAAAAUACCUUCCGAAUCCUUUGCGCGUCCUAUUGCAAAAUUGUAAUAAUUAUUUAUAUUUGUUAGUGAGCCAACCAGAAACAAACCGAUUGCCAUCUGAUCCUAUUUCAAACGAAGAUAAUAGUAAUAAUGAGUGUAGUAGUGAUUAUGGGUUAGUGAAUAAUCUUAAUGCUCUACCUCCUACACCAAUUAAUUCUCAUUUUCCAUGGAGUCAAAGUAAUCAAAACUGCACAGAAGAAUCGCGUCGACAAUCAUCUCUUUCGCAAGGCCUAGGUUCAUUUAGUAGCGGGAAACGUGAUUCUUCAAGAGAUAGGCAUAGAAUGUACAAAACCCUACCAUCUGGAGUGGUCAAUAAAAUAAUGUGCUUUCCACUAGUAGACUUGAAAUUCAGGCGUAAAAGAGCUUCAUUUUAUUAUAAUCCAUGUAAUCCUGAGAGUACUAAAUCAUCGGAACCAAAUGUAAGAGAUAAUACUAGCCGCUUAGGACCAUCAAAUUUACGUUCAACUAUUGGUCGUCAACUAAAACGCCACAUAUAUAAUGCUCGCAGUGCGAUGUCGGCGACGCAAAACAAUGAACUAACUGAACUUGUAAACAAUAAUAAUGAUAAUAAUGGUAGUGAUGAUGACGAUGAAUUUACUGAUCCACCAACUCCAACAAAUGAACUGAAUGAUGAAAAGAAACAAUAA